AUGAGCUUCCUGUGCAUGAUGGAGGCGAAAUUGCCUCCGGGAUUCCGGUUCCAUCCGAGGGACGAGGAGCUCAUCUGUGACUACCUCGCGAGGAGGGUCGCCGGCGACGGCGACGGUGUCCCUAUGAUGGUCGACGUCGACCUCAACAAGUGCGAGCCCUGGGAUCUCCCCGGUGCGCCCCUCUCUCUCUCUCUCUCUCUCUCUCUCUCUCUCUCUCUCUCUCUCUUUCUAUCUCUCCAGCAUCUCAAUUCCCCCCUUCCAUCCAAGCUCAGAUCAAAACCUACGAUUCCUCCCUGUUAUUUCUCCACAAUUAGAUCUCAUCUCCCCUCCUCCUCUUCUCUCUUCCCCCUUCCAACGUGUUCUCACAUCCCAAGCUCACGAUUUUCUCACCCUCUCCCCUCUCCUCUCUCUCUCUCUCUCUCUCUCUCUCUCUCUCUCUCUCUCUCUCUCCGCUCCUCUUUCUCUCUCUACGUGUGAUCUUCAGACGAUCAUCCUCCUCCAAGGGGGCCGCCGCCGUUUACGAAUGUCGACCCCUCCACGGGGAGGGGGCUUUAAUCAUUCUUGAAGCCGUAUUUAUUGCGUCAUGGAGGCUAAUCCGGGGGGGCUCUGCAUGUGAUUCCAUUGCAGGCUCCCUCGCAGCAGCCAUUCAUACCAAGCACAUGGCUUCCACGCCGUCCGCCACAUGCCCAAUCAAGCACCCGCAAUCCCUCCACCACCACCUCCUCCCAUACUCUUCCUCCUCAAUACUACUCCCACUAAUUCCAUAAUUGAUCAUGAAUCCAGACGGAUUUCUUUGCCCACUAAUUUCCGCUUCUGGGUUCCUCUUCCUCGCCCAAAUCACGCCAUCUCCGGCGUUCUAUGCCGAUUUUUCAUCGUCCGGGAAGCCCUAAAAUCUCCGGUGUAACAGUUCUUCGUCUGAGCUCCGGCGGCGAUUCUCGCCAUGACCCAUCCUCCCAAACCGCCAUGAUUUACUGAUAAAGUAGGCUGGGAGGGGAAAUCUUUGUGUUUGGACGCCUUGUUUGGGGAUUAUAACCGGGCAGAUUCCAUGACGAAAGACAAAAAGUCUCAUUAAUUGAGAAACGAGUAUAAUAAGUGGGGGGAGAUAUUGGGAUUUGGGCUGGUUGAUCCAGUCAUGAGGAGGUUCCUUCCCUUGGUUUUGCUUAUCACCCAUCAUUUAGAACUGCCACAGAUGGAAGAACAACCAAGUUAAUUAACCUCUCCACCACUGGGUUGAUUCCAGUGGUUUUGCUCAGGAUCUUCCUUUCGAGUCUUUUUUAAUUGAUUAAUCAGCGUGAUUACAUCGCUUUCGCUCAUAAUCUUCGUUCAUAUCCUUCCUAGUUGUCUGAUCGACACGAGAAUUCCUUGGUUACGAGCGCCUCAAUCUCUUCCUCGCGGGGUAAAGAUCCCAGUGAGUUUGCUCGUGAUCUUCGUUCAAGACCGUCCCAACCGAGUAAUCUGGGUGCCGAAAGUGAAAGCUUUGGCGUUUCCUAUUGACCAAGGCGGGGUUUGUUCAGGCAGUCUUGAUCGCGGCUCGUCUCCCGAAAUGGGAAUCUUUUGGGGAAAAAAAAAUUCGUUGGAGGGGGUUUCCUCGCUGAGACCCCCACCAAAGUGGAGAGAUCACCGGGCCAAGAAAAUGAAGGUUUUUAGAUCUGGGUUUCCUUGUUCUUCGAUCAAGGCUGAUUCAGGAGGGUUUGCUCAACACCCAUCUCUCAGAAAUGGAAGUUUCAGGGGGGAAGUUUCAUUUUUUGACGGAUAUUGAAGGGGAUAAUAUUUCUGCCAAUGCUCAUGAUACGUUCCCUACCAAUCAACUCGUCGUGUGGAUCCUUCUGCAUUUCCAUCGCCUCCCCCGCUCUCUCUCUCUCUCUCUCUAGAUACCACCAAAAGAAGAAUACCCAUCAUCGCCAUGAAAGAAGGUACUCCUCCAAGGCGUGCUUCAUCCCUAUCCAUCACCUCCUUUCCGUUCUCCACCAUUAUUGCCACUCUGCCACCUUCUUUUAGCGCUUUCGGGUCCUCGGAAUCCCAGCAGAAGAGAAAGGAGUUUUAACCUACAUCCCGGCGAUGGCACGCAGAGAGAGAGAGAGAGAGAGAGAGAGAGAGAGAGAGAGAGAGAGCUUGAAUGUGUUAGACUGACGUGACGACCAACUAACGGCAUGACACCAGCUUACUAAAGCCGCCUAUGUUUCUCAGAGACAGCGUGCGUGGGUGGCAAGGAGUGGUACUUCUACAGUCUGAGGGACCGGAAAUACGCCACCGGCCAGCGGACGAACCGCGCGACGGUCUCCGGCUACUGGAAGGCCACCGGCAAGGAUCGCCAGGUGGUCGACCCACGCCGCGGCGGGCUCGUGGGCAUGAGAAAAACCCUCGUCUUCUACCAGGGCCGUGCUCCCAAGGGCAAGAAGACCGACUGGGUCAUGCACGAGUUCCGCAUGGAGGGCCCCGCUUCCCUUCCACUCAAAUCCUCCUACAAGGUACACCUCUUUUCUUUCCCCAAUCAUCCGUUUCCGUGCGUAUGAUGGAGAGAUAUGUAGCGAGAGAGAGAGAGAGAGAGAGAGAGAGAGAGAGAGAGAGAGAGAGAGAGAGAGAGAGAGAGAGAGAGAGAGAGAGGUAUGGGUAUUGGAGAUGAUGGGUAUGCGGCAUGGACAAGUUAGGAACGAAGAGGACGACUCGGUAGGAUUUGACCGGAGAGGCUAGAUUCAGAGGGGGUGUUGUCAAUGGAAUAGUGAAUCGAGCUGAACCAUUAAAAGAUGGAAGGGGAGGGAAGAAAGUCGCGGGUUAUUAGUAUAUUAAGAGAUUGGAAGAAGGAAGAAGAGAUGAUGAUUAGGUUCGAGAAGACAAAACCUGGGUUUAGAAAAGGAAAUCCAGGGGAGCUUUCGUCUCUCCUACGGAAUCUUCCCCCCUUCUCCCGGUAACAGUCCAGAGUUCCCCGAGACUUUCCUUCCUUCAUCCCCCAACCCCUCCCUUUCCUCUUCUGUUGCUUUCAGAUCCCCCGUGGAGGAUAAUCCUCAGACAUGGUCGUUGCUGGCUCUUGUCUUCUCCCUCCAAAUUGGCCUCGGCGUUUGGUCGUGAAGGAAUUUCAUAUGAUUCAGCAGGUAGCUGGCUGUUGCAUCAUCCAAGGAGGACAUAGGAGAGAGAGAGAGAGAGAGAGAGAGAGAGUUGCAAGUUGAUGAGUCGCUAUCCGCUCUUAAAGAAAGGGAACUAGAAGACGGCGGAGUCUCAUUGAAUCAAGCUUUCGUCAAAAGACCGGCGAGGGUGGAUGCUCUAGCUGAAUAGUAUCCCAAUGCUCGUCGCUGAUUGAAGUUGAGUGCGACAGUCUGAUAUGUUUUAGGGUUUCAGAGAGAGAGAGAGAGGACCACGACUUCAAUUAUUACUAAUUACCUUUGAGUUGGAUGAUCUGACUGGUUCUUCUGCGGUAUGUGAUCAGGAGGAUUGGGUGCUGUGUCGGGUGUUCUACAAGAGCCGGGGGCUCUGCUCCAAGCCCGGCGGUGAGAACUGCUACGACGACACGGGAUCAUCCUCUCUGCCGGCCCUCAUGGACACCUUCAUCAGCUUCGAGCACGCCCCGAUGAGUCUAGAUGGCAACGAGCAGGUGCCCUGCUUCUCCAGCUACCCUUCGGGCCAGCCUCCGCCGCGCCAAACGGUGGCGCCGCCGCCGCACGGCGGGCCGUCAUCGUCAUCGUCGCCGGCGGCGGCGGCGGUGGCGGGGGGCUACGCGCCGAUGCUGGCGAAGAGCUUAGCUCACGGCGGCGGAAUACCGGAUCUCGUCCCCUACCUGAACCCCUUCCCCAGCGAGAAGAAGGCCCUCAAAGCGGUCCUCGACCACCUCACGAAGAUGGGCGGCCACAUGAAGUCGGAGGGGGCGGCGCAUAACCCGGCGGACGGGAGUUCCGACAGUUACCUGACAGAGACCGGCGGCGCCGCCAUGUGGAAUCCUUUUUGA